AUGGCCUCGUGCUCGAGGGGCUACGGCCUGCGCCGUGACAUGCUCCUCCUGAUCCCCCGAUCCGCCAGCAGCCGCAGCUGUUUGCAACCAUGCGCGGCACAGAUCAUGCAUGCGCACCGGAUAAUACGAGCGACGCGCGCCUUCCAGACCUCCGCCUAUCUCUGCGCGAAACAAAAACCCGCCGCCGUCAAGCAGAAGCCAGCCCCAAAAAAAUCACAGCCCCCGACGGCCCUCCCGUACUACCCACAGACCAAGAAGGCGACGCCCGCCGCCGCCUCGAAACCAAACGCCCUCGCCCUGUCCGUCGCCGAGCGCCUCGCCGAGCGCGGCGAGCGCACCGUCCUCUACGAGGGGCCGUCCCACUUCUGGCUGCGGGCCUCGGGCCUGUCGGCGUCGGUCUUCUGCAUGAGCUACGUGGGCAUCCAGUACUACAGCAUAAUGGUGUACCCGCCCGAGGGGCUGGCGUGGUGGGUGCCGCACGCCUUCGUGCCAAUCCUGCUGCUCAUGGGCUACUUUGGCGGCCACUUCGCCUUCAGCGCCGCCAACAUCGUCAGCUCCAUCGCCGCCGUCCCGCGCGCCCUGCUGCCGCGCUCGUACCUGACGGGAGGCGCCGCCAAGAAGUCCAAGCGGGAGGAGCGGUCGCUCGCCGCCCUCAACGCGAGCCCCAUCGCCCUCGAGGUCUCGCUGUCCCAGAUGCUGCCGCUGCUGCCGCCCAAGAAGCUCGUCGUCGCCCCCGAGGAGGUCAUGUUCCCCUUCAAGAUGCAGGCCACGCCCGUCGGGAGGGGCGCCGUGGCCGGGGUCGAGGCCCCGAGGCGCCCUCAGGGUGUGAUGGACAAGGUCGCGGCCCCGUUCGAGGCGUUCGGCAGGGCUUUGAGGCGGCCCCUGAAUGGGAUCGUAAGGGGUCUGACCCGCGAGGGUUUCUCCACGAUCAAGAUCAAGGACAAGAAGCACAGGAUCGACGUCACGGGUGGCAAGGUUCUGGAGAAGGGCAAGCUACUGGAUCAUCUUGUGGCCUACCGGCCUGAGAGGGUCUAG